UAGAGCAGAAAAAUAGCAAUGGCGGUAUUACGGGGAAACUAAAAAGGCAAGUUGAGUUUUGGUUUUGAUAGCCCACAAUAAUAAGAAAGGAAUAUCAUUACCCAAAACCCCUUCAUCUUCUUCUGCUGUCACUGUAUAUCCUCGCUCUUCCCCGUAUUUAGCGUGAAUUGUACCCAAAAAAACUCUCGAUUCUCACGAUUCUCUUUCUAUCUCCUCCUUUUGGCGGGACCUUUUGAAUUCAUAACUUAUUUUGUUCUACUACUAUUUCCUAUAUUUUCCCCACUUUCUCACUUUUCUUCCCAACCCUAAUUCCAAAACCCCCCUUUUUUUUUCUUCUGAAAAUCAAUAAUUUUGAUUUGUGUAAGUAUGGGAGAAGGUGAGAAUGGGGGUGUUGUUGAACCCAAAUUAGAAGAGACUUCGGAGGGAAACGAUGAUAGAAGCGAUAAUAACAAAAUUAGCAAGAAUAAUCAGAAUCAUGAAGAAGGUCAAGGAGUGGAGAUUCCCGAUGAAGAUAGAUGUGAAAGAAACGAUGGAAAAUCAUGGCGGUGCAAGCGACCCAAGGUCGAGGGCGACAAAAUGUGUGAGUCUCAUAAAGCAAAGCGUUUGAAGCUGAAUCCUACUGAUCUUAAAAAAGAAGAAGCUGCCGAAGAAAGCGUCGGAAAAGUUCCUGAAGAAGAAAAAAAAAGCGUCGAUAAAAUUCCAGUUAAAGAAGAAGAACGCGUCGAGAAAAUUCCAGAAAAGGUCAAAGCAGAAGUGAUAGAUGAAAAGACAGAGACUGGGAUCCCUAAGAAAAGAGGUCGUAAGAGUGUUACGAAAGUUGCAGAACAAAUUUCUGAGAAAAUUCCGGAAAUUCCUGAGGAAAACCAAGGACUUCCUGAGAAAAGUCCAGUAAAAUUGGAACAAGAAGAAGGGGAGAGAGAAACUGAACUUUUGAAGAAAAAGGGAGGUACGAGCGUUAAGGAAAACGCAGAGGAAGUCCAUAGGAAAAACCCUGAAAUAUCUGAAGAAAAUGCAGAAAAUCCGGAGGAGAACCUUGAACAAUUGAAAGAUGGCGAUGAAAGGAAGAGUGAAGAUGAGGUGUCCAGGAAAAGGGUUCGGAUUGAAGAAGUUAAGGAUGAAGAGAGAGAUGCUGGAAUUCUUAUGAAACGGGACCGUGAAGGUUCCGAGGAAGGAACUGCUGAGAAAACCCCAGAAAAAGUGGAUACUGAAGAUGAAGUUUCAAAGAAAAGGGUUCGCGAUGUAACGGAGAAAGGUAGUGAUGGUAGUGGUGGGAGGGCACGGCGUGCUUGUGUGAAAAGGGUGAAAACUUAUGAGGAAGCUAAUGCAGUGCUAGAAUAUUUUCAGAAAGAUGAUGAGGAAGAGCGUGAGUUGAAGAAGCGAAGGGGUGGGAGGAGGCGGAAGAGUGCUAAACAUGUGACGGAGAAGGGUGGCAAGGGAGAAGGUGAGGAUGAUGUUGAAGAGGUUGAAGCUAAGCCAAGCAAGGGAAAGAAGAAAGAGACUGCAAGUAGUAGCACACCAGGUGUUUGUGAAAAUGACGCUGAUAAGGAAGAAGAUGGGGUUACUUCCGGAAGACCAAGGAGGUCUUGUACGGAAGUCCGUUAUCCUAAGGGUAAAGAUCAUAUUCAGCCGAAAAAGGGAAAGGCUGGUGUUUUUGACGAGAAUGGUAUCAAGAUUGAUUCGGAUAUGUGUCAUCAGUGCCAGAGGAAUGACAAGGGAAGAGUUGUGAGGUGCACUAAUUGCGGGACCAAGCGAUAUUGCGUUCCCUGUAUCGGAAACUGGUAUCCAAGAAUGACGGAGGAGCAGAUUGCCCAAGCUUGUCCAGUCUGCCUUGGGAAUUGCAAUUGCAAGGCAUGCUUGCGGAUGGAUAUACCUAUCAAAAAUCCGUUGAAGCUAGGUCUCGAUAUUAGCGAUGAAGAAAAAGUUGACCACUCCAAAAUUUUACUGAAGACUGUUUUGCCCUUUCUGAAGCAGUUCAACGAGGAACAGAUUAUGGAAAAGGAAUUUGAAGCGAAAAUCCAGGGUAUACAAGUGUCUGAAGUAAAUCCUCAACUGUCAAUUUGCGACAACGACGAGCGUGUAUACUGCAACAACUGCAGGACGUCUAUUGUUGAUUUUCACAGAAGUUGCCCAAAGUGUACUUAUGAUUUGUGUCUCUCGUGUUGUCGCGAAAUUCGUGCUGGGAAGCAUAAAAUUUGUGAUGAAGUAAUCACAGAAUAUGUUGACAGAGGUUACGAAUAUUUGCAUGGUGAGAUAGAGCAAAAAAGUAGUGGCAAUGGCCCUGUCCGAUCCAAAAGAAUUGAAGGCAAAAACAGUCGUGGCCAAUCUAAGGGAGCAACUAGGGAUAGAGAGGUAGAGGUGCUAUCGGAGGGGCAGAAUAAGAAAAUACCCGAAUGGAAGGCUGAUGAAAAGGGAAAUAUACCUUGCCCGCCAGAAAAAUAUGGGGGCUGUGGUGAGGCACAUCUUGAAUUGAAAUCAUUUUUGUCGGGGAAGGUUUCAGAGCUGCUGGAGGAAGCUGAGGAGAUAGUUUCCAAAUGGGAACAUGAGCAUUCACCUCAAGUGUUUAAUCAAUGCACGUGUUCUGAUCUUGUGAUGGAUGUUGACGCUGGAAGUAAUUUGCGGAAAUGUGCUGCUAGAGAAGACUCAAAAGACAAUUACUUGUAUUGUCCAGAUGCAAAGGAAAUCAAACAUAGUGAUUUAAAACACUUCCAGCAGCACUGGACCCGCGGAGAACCAGUAAUUGUUAGGAAUAUUCUUGAGACUACAUCUGGCUUAAGUUGGGAGCCUCUGGUCAUGUGGCGUGCUGUCCGUCAAAUUAAGAACACUAAGCAUUCCACACUGUUGGAUGUGAAAGCCAUUGAUUGCUUGGAUUGGUGUGAGGUCGAUAUAAACGUUCACCAAUUUUUCAAUGAGUAUUCAGAGGGUAAGUUUGACCGUAAUGGGUGGCCUGUGAUACUGAAAUUAAAAGAUUGGCCAGAUACUAACGAAUUUGAGAAGCAGUUGCCACGCCAUGGUGCUGAAUUUAUCAGUGCAUUGCCAUUUAAGGAGUACACGCAUCCCAGAGAAGGAGUACUGAACCUUGCUGCCAAGUGGCCUAAGGAGAAAUUGAAGCCUGAUCUGGGGCCAAAGACGUAUAUUGCAUAUGGGCUUCCUCAAGAAUUAGGUCGUGGUGACUCUGUUACCAAGCUUCAUUGUGAUAUGUCUGAUGCGAUCAAUAUUUUAGCACAUACUGCUGAAUUCUCAGUGCGCGAUCUGAACCUUGAGGCCAUUGCCAAAAUGAAAAAGCAGCAUUUUGCUCAGGACCAGGAGGAGUUAUAUGGCUUUGAUUCAUCCUCUGGUAGCAUGAUUGCAUCUUGUGAGCAACCCCAAAAUAAAGAUAGUGGUCAAGUUGAGGGUAUAGAUUCUGAAGGAGAACAAACUCCUAAUGGACCGCCUGUUAUGAAGAACAUUCUAACGAGUAGAAGUGACAACAAGGUGAAGAAUAGACAAAUCAGCACUUGUAAAAAACAUGAAAAAGAGACUGUCUUGUCUAAGCUUUCUACUGUAAGGGAAAACUGUUCUACUGAACAGGUUUUAGGUGGGUCUUGUGAAGCGAAACCUGUACUGAACAUACCAAAUAACAAUGCUGCCAGUGAGUGCAUAGUAGGUUCUGAAGCAGAGAUGCUUUGUGAUGAAAAGGCUAAUAAUGUGUGUGAAAAUAUGGAUUCAAUUGCUGUAAAUGUCCUGCCAGACCAAGUAGAUCCUGAUAAAGGUAGUGGCAGUGAUAGGUCAGCUCCUAUGGGCAAGGUCUUUGAAGGUUCAGAUCAGGAUGGUGGUGGUGCUCUUUGGGACAUCUUCCGGAGAGAAGAUGCUGCUAAACUACAAGAAUAUUUGAGAGCACAUUGUCAUGAAUUCAGGCACAUUCAUUGCAACCCACUGAAGCAGGUCAUUCAUCCAAUUCAUGAUCAGACAUUCUACUUGACUGAGGAGCAUAAAAGGAGGCUGAAGGAAGAACAUGGUAUUGAGGCAUGGACAUUCGUCCAAAAUCUUGGAGAAGCAGUCUUAAUUCCAGCUGGUUGUCCUCAUCAAGUCAGAAACUUGAAGUCAUGCAUAAAAGUUGCGCUGGAUUUCGUAUCUCCUGAGAACAUUGAUGAAUGUGUCCGUCUGGCCGGGGAGUUUCGUAUUCUGCCACAAAAUCACAGGGCAAAGGAGGAUAAAUUGGAGGUGAAGAAAAUGACUAUUUAUGCAGUGGAGAAGGUUAUCAAAGACUUACGUAAAUCAAACUCCGGAAAGGAAUCUAUGACCAAGGGCAAGCUGGGAGGUCCAAACUCCAAAGCUAAGAAGAAUCACAAGCGUGCAUCAACUGGCUCCAGCAGGUCUGUAGAUAAGACGAAUGAGGAAGAAAACCCUUUGGAGCCCAACGCAAAGCUGGAUGAAAAACUGGACGACGCCUAGAAAAAGUCAGAUUCAGUGGAAACCCAAUGCUCUACUUAUUGUUGUGCCCGAAGGAUGGGUUAAGUUGAAGCUUCUUUGAGAAGCUUAGACUUCCUUUGGUUGACUAAAGAGGCAGCAAAGGAGUGUGCAAGAAAAUUAGAUCUAAACAAACACACAAAAGGAAGGAGGAGGAGGAGAGAGAGAGAGAGAAAAGCUGGUCGGAGUUUUCAGGACAUUCUUCACGAAACUGUACUUUGUCGGAGUUUCAACCGUCGGAUUGUACUGAUUUUUGGUCAGUUUGUUGGGGACACGCAGGGCCUCGUUUUGACCGGUUAGAUCGUUGUUUUGAACUCUGGUUUGUCUGUGAUCGUAGCUUAACAGAACCUACGAAAUUGGGUGAUAUUCUUCAUUAUCUCUCAAUCGGGGAUCUCUUAUGUAUGAAAGUGUUGGUGGAUUGUGAACAUUUGUUUGAAUGAUUUGGGUUCUUUUGCCCUCAAUUUUGUCAUAAUAAUUAUGUAUGGAAUCGGCAGUGGGUUGUGAACUUUUGUCGGAAUGAUUUGGGUUCUUUUGCCCUCAAUUUUAUUAUAAUAAGAUAAUGUGACAA